GACGAGACGUUCUGUUGGACAAACGACACAUGUCCGCCCGGCUGUGUGUGCUCGGGAGAAGAAAUCACCUGCCGCUCUGGAUUCGUCGUCGGUGAACUUGUACGUGUGAGGCGACUGGAUAUUUCUCACACUGCUCAACCAAACGACUCACUGACUGUACAAAACCACUACAUAAUCGCCCUGUUUGCCCACAACUCAAAUAUACGACAACUUGGUCUUCUGAGCAUGGUAAACCUAUAUCAUUUGAAUUUAAGCGACAAUGCUUUAAGAAAUUUAGCACCGGACGCCUUUGAAAAGACCCCAGGAAUUCGUCACCUUUCUCUUGCCAGGAAUGAGCUAACCGAGAUGGACCUGCAGUCUAUAACAUCUCUGAAAAACCUUGAAAUCCUCGAUGUUUCAGGGAACUACCAAGUACGUAUCAGAUCAUUUUCCUUCACCGGCCUAGCCAGGCUGAGAAGCUUACAGCUGGACGACAUGGGCCUCACGGUGGUGGAGACUGGCGCCUUUGAUGGACUGCUAGAACUGAGGACGCUCACCAUGAGAGGGAACUCUAUCUCCGUGUUCCAGCAAGGUAUGUUGUUGGCUCUGUCCCAGCUUACCUCACUGAGCGGUGACAACUACAAACUGUGUUGUCCGAUCAUGAAGCCAAAGUCCUUGUCCACAGGAACCUGCCAAGCUCCAAAAGAUGAAAUUUCUUCCUGUGAGGACAUCCUCCGGACGCCCUUUUUCCGGGUUUUUCUGUGGCUCACGGCGUCGCUGACAAUCUUGGGCAACAGCUGUGUCCUGGUUUACCGGCUGUGUGUAGAGCGCAAGCCUUCCACACUGGGCUACAACACGUUCGUCAUCAACCUCUGCGCCUCCGAUCUCCUCAUGGGGAUUUACUUGGCUAUCAUCGGCGCUGCGGACCAAGUCUACAAGGGCCGCUACUUGUGGGAGGCAGACUCCUGGCAAAGCUCCAGUUACUGUUCCCUGGCCGGGUUUCUGUGCACGGUGUCCAGUGAAGUGUCCGCCCUCACCAUCUGUAUGGUCACUCUAGACCGGUACCUGGCCCUGGCCUUCCCGAUGGCCAAUGUCCACCUGACCCCGAAGAAAGCCCGAUGUCUGGUGCUGGUCACGUGGGUUGUCGGUGUCCUGUUUGCUGGAGUUCCUCUGUUACCUCCCUUGUCCCACUGGCGGUUCUACGCUCAGACCGCCGUGUGUGUUCCCCUGCCCAUCACUCGCGCCGACUUCCCGGGGAGAGACUACGCCUUCUCUGUCUUCAUCCUCGUCAACCUGGCCCUGUUUGUGGCUAUCGCCGUUGGGCAAGUUUUCAUCUAUCGCUCAGUGAAGGCCAACAGUUUCAAGAUGACGGUUGCUGUGACGAGUAGGAGAAACCAGGACGCAACGAUUGCCAAAAAAUUAGCCCUAGUUGUCAUCACCGAUUUCUUCUGCUGGUUCCCAAUCGGAGUCAUGGGUCUCCUGUCUAAGGUUGGAGUUCCAAUCCCUGGAGAAGUGAACGUGGUCGCGACCAUCUUUAUCCUGCCUCUCAACUCCGCCCUCAACCCGUACCUCUACACUCUCCCCGCCAUAAGGAAGAAACUGGAGCAGUGGAAGGCAAGAUCGCACCAGAACAAGGCAGGUUCUGCAGGUUUCAGGCUUAGACCCAUAGACCUGCCACACAGAAACGUGAAAAGCGGAUCAACUCCGUUUAAGCCUGGCUGUAGUGGUAGCUCUAUGUCUGCUGGUGGCGCCGCUGACGUCAUCAAGGCCCGGGCCUGCCUGGACAAGCUCCGAGCCUGGCUAGAGAAGGGGCGCAUCUCCAGAGAAAGAGUGACAGAAAUCUUGUCUCACUCCCAGACGAACACGUCUGUGACACCCUAG